UUAAAAUGUAAAAUGUAACCGGAAACGCUUCCUCUGACUCUCGUUGACGGGAUUCGAACGUUCCCGUAAAUACCGGGUGUCUGCAGACGGUCGGACGCGAUUCUGCUGAACUUUUGGUUGAACAUGUUGAUCUUUCCUGUGACCGGAUUCCUGGUUUUGAACAUGAAUCACAGCGUUCGGUUUGUGUCGCUGUGGAGCUGAAACCGGAGCUGUUUCCGCUGACGGUCCGACGGUUUCUGUCACCGGGAAAAACGGGAUUUUGGAUGCAGAUUCGAGUUUAUUCCUCAGUCUCUGCCGUUAAUCUGGACCGGUUCCGUGUUCCUGGUUCGUGUCAGAACCGAGGAUCGUGUUUGCAGCAUCAGCGGAACCUCAGACGGACAUCGUGCUAGCUUAAAGCGGACAAAAUAAAAGACCAGAACCGCCGAACACCGCGGUUGGUUGUUAUGGAGACGGAUGGAUGUCCCCACAAACCACCUAAACCAGCCUCCCGCUCAGCAGUGGGGGGUGCAGGGCGGCUGGCCCCCUGCUCAGGGACCUGUUUACAAUCCUCUGCCCAGUUUUCAUCGUCUCAGCCUGGGCCCCCCGCAGACGUGGGGCAGCAGCCCCCACAGCAGGGGCGACCCGAGCGGUCGGGACCAGCUCCGACUCGGCCCUGAAGCUCAGCUUUCUGCCGCAAAUCCACCUGACCUCCGAGGAGGAAACGCUCCUCCGUGUCGUCCUCCUCACCCCCCCCAGCAGGUCUGUCCGUCUGCAGCCCCCCCCUCUAUAGUCCAGGCUCCUCCGCUCCAGACUCCUGAGAGCGCAGCAUCAGGACCAGCAGCUGAAGGAGCCAAUCCGAGGCCUUCAGGUGGAUUUGACUCCGCCUCCGCUCACCUGCAGCUUCAGUUUCCAGCAGGAAACACAAACUUUAUUCCUCCAGGAGCUGAAGAGGACAGACAUGCAUCACAGCAGCACCCCCCCUCUGCCUCCCGGUACGGUCUGGAUCCGGAUUCGCUGCCCAGCGCCGUGAAGGUCAUGCUGGAGGACAGAGCUGAAUGGUGGGGCAGGACCUUCAUCUCAGAGCCCUUCUCUCCUCUUCCUCCUCUUCCCACCACUUCCUGUGUGACGGAGGACCGAGGUAAUGCCAGUCCCUCCGUGAUCCGCUCCACCUGCUACUGUUUACCCUGUGAGGCUCAGGCGGGGGCGCUCAGCCGGCUGCCUCUGGGGGCUCUGGUCACCCCCCUGGGGAGGCCGAACGCUGCAGAGGCCCCUCCCCCUCUGUGCGAGGACUCGGAGCGCGUUGACGGCUGCAGCUCCUGCGGCGCCUCCAUGUGCCCCCCCAUGAGCUGGCAGGACUGCGGGCAAAGGUUUUACUGUCCCUUUUGUGGGAAACUCAACGAGGUGGCGUGGAAACACUACCAGCCCACCACAGGAGUGAACGGCGUCCGCGUGGACGCAGACCUCAGACCUGAGCUGAGUCUGGGCUCGUAUGAGGUCAUCAGCCCUCAGAAGGAGGAACCAGCUGCUCUGCUGUUCGCCGUCGAUGUUUCUGCUUCAGCUCAAAGAGGAGGACACUUGGAGUUCAUAACUCAACAAAUCCAGGCAGUUCUGAGCUCUAUGAGCAGGGAGGCUGGCUCCUGCAGCGUUCCCGUCGGUUUGAUGUCGUACGACAGCAGGAUCCACCUGUACGACCUCAGCCCGCAGCGGUCCCGCCCCCACAUGCUGGUCAUCGCCGACACGGAGGAGGUGCAGCUUCCUGUGAGGGAGGGGCUUCUAGUGCCCCUCAGAGACGCCAUAGAGAGCCUCUCCAGCGUUCUGCAGCUCCUGCCUCACGUUGGUGCCGACCACGACGGCUCCAGUGGAGCUCCGGUGGAGCUGCCCAUCCAGGCGGGCCUCGCCGUGCUUCAGGGCCUGAAGAGUCCCGGAAAGCUGCUGAUCUUCCAUUCUGCGGAUCUGAUGGAGGCGGGAAACUCAAACAACUCCUCCUCCGGACUCUUCGGGUCCAACAAACCAAAGUCAGUCUUUCAGCCGUCGGAUCAGUCCGUCUCUCUGGCCAAAGAGUGCGUCAUCCAGGGUUGCGGCGUGCACCUGUUUGUCCUCUCGCAGCAGGAUGUGGGCGGAGCUUGGCCCGGCCACAUCCCACACCUGACGGGAGGCGCUCUGACCAGCUAUGACCACCUGCAGGGCCCGCCGGACCAGGACCGUUUCGGCCGGGACCUGAGGAGGACGGUGGAGACGGACUGCGGUUUCCGGGCCGAGCUCCAGAUCUUCGUCUCUAAAGAUCUGCGUGUGUCUGGGUGUUAUGGGAUGUUCGUCCCCGGGCCCAGCCCGGCACACGUCACCAUGGCGACGCUGGACCGGAGCACCACUCUGGCUGUGGAGCUGGCACACACCAGAACCCUGGAGGAGGCCAGAGGGGCGGUCGUACAGACGGUUCUGUCCUACACCCUCCGGACCGGACAGAGGAGGACCCGGGUCCACACGCUGACGCUCAGAUGCUCACGCCACCUUCAGGAGACCUUCAGGAACUUCCAGGCCCAAACGCUCCUCAGCUUCUACUGCAAAAAGAUGUACUGCUCGGUGCUGGAGCGCCCCCUGCAGGAGCUGAGGGAGGAGCUGCAGACGGACAUGACGGCGGCGCUGGCGUCUUACCGCAAACACUGCAGCUCUUCCUGCGUGUCGGCGGGGCAGCUGGUUCUUCCUCGGUUCCUGCGAGCUCUCCCCGUCUUCAUCAACAGCCUGAGGAAGAGCGAGGUUCUGCUGCCGGGUCUGAGGAGCUCCAUCCACCAGAGGCUGCAGCUGCGCUGCCGCGUGCUCGCCAUGGACCCCCGCAGCACCGUCCAGCACUUCUACCCCCCCCUGCUGCCGCUGCUGCCGUCAGACGGAGACUCCUGCGGUUCGAGUCCGGGCGAGCCGCUGCGCUGCACGGCUGCCAGCCUGCAGCCCACGGGCCUGUACCUGCUCCACCCCCCCCUCAUCCUGCUGCUCUGGGUGGGAAACCAAGUCCCAGCAUGCACUCUGGCCCAGCUCUUCAGCGCCGCCUGCUUCUCGUCCCUGCCGUCCGGAGAGAUGAAGCUGCCGGUUCUGGACACUCCUCUGUCCGUCCGUGUUCGAUCUCUGAUCGAUGAGCUGAGCGGCCGGACGCUGCACAGCCGAAAGAUGCUGGUGGUGAAGCAGGGAGACGCCUGUGAGGAGGUGCUGCAGCGCCACCUGGUGGAGGACAAGAGUCCGAACGGAGGAGCGUCGUACGCCGACUUCCUGUACCAUCUGCACUUCAACUCUGUCCGACUCCUGCAGUGACACACGUGCACACACGUGCACAUGUGCAUGCACACACGUUCUGUCAGCUGGUUUUAUCAUGAGAAUAUUUGUUGACUUCUGUGUGAAUUCAUUUUCUGAGUAUUUAUGAUGUUUACCCCCCCGCCCUGUAUUCAUGGGUCUGUGUUCCUCCAGUGAAAGGGUUAAAAACGAAUAAAGAGUGUAAGUGAACCGAUA